GAUAACACAGACUAUUUUCAUGAUCAUGGGAGGUGUGAGAGAAUUGCUGCUCUUUGUGGUGACUGUGGGGGUUGUGAAAGUUUCUUGUUACCCUGUUGGAAAGUCCCAGAAGCUAGAGCAAGUCUCUCUGCAGAGGAGACUUGGAGAGCUGUCAUCAAAUGACGUCUCCAUUGUGCAUGCCCUGGCCUUGCUCCGAUCCAUAGGGUCUGACGCUAAACAAGACAGAGAAGAGUAUUUCGAGACUAAUGAAGUAGAAUCCCAAGCUUCUCCAAACCACGGUAGCUCUACGGCAAAUGAUGCCCUGUCCUCUGACGACGCUACCUCAAAAGCUGCCACUGGCCCGUCUGACGACGCCGCUACCUCUGAAGCUGCCACCGGCCCGUCUGACGACGCUACCUCUGAAGCUGCCACCGGCCCGUCUGACGACGCUACCUCUGAAGCUGCCACCGGCCCGUCUGACGACGCUACCUCUGAAGCUGCCACCGGCCCGUCUGACGACGCUACCUCUGAAGCUGCCACCGGCCCGUCGGACGACGCUACCUCUGAAGCUGCCACCGGCCCGUCGGACGACGCUACCUCUGAAGCUGCCACCGGCCCGUCUGACGACGCUACCUCUGAAGCUGCCACCGGCCCGUCUGACGACGCUACCUCUGAAGCUGCCACCGGCCCGUCUGACGACGCUACCUCUGAAGCUGCCACCGGCCCGUCUGACGACGCUACCUCUGAAGCUGCCACCGGCCCGUCUGACGACGCUACCUCUGAAGCUGCCACCGGCCCGUCUGACGACGCUACCUCUGAAGCUGCCACCGGCCCGUCUGACGACGCUACCUCUGAAGCUGCCACCGGCCCGUCUGACGACGCUACCUCUGAAGCUGCCACCGGCCCGUCUGACGACGCUACCUCUGAAGCUGCCACCGGCCCGUCUGACGACGCUACCUCUGAAGCUGCCACCGGCCCGUCUGACGACGCUACCUCUGAAGCUGCCACCGGCCCGUCUGACGACGCUACCUCUGAAGCUGCCACCGGCCCGUCUGACGACGCUACCUCUGAAGCUGCCACCGGCCCGUCUGACGACGCUACCUCUGAAGCUGCCACCGGCCCGUCUGACGACGCUACCUCUGAAGCUGCCACCGGCCCGUCUGACGACGCUACCUCUGAAGCUGCCACCGGCCCGUCUGACGACGCUACCUCUGAAGCUGCCACCGGCCCGUCUGACGACGCUACCUCUGAAGCUGCCACCGGCCCGUCUGACGACGCUACCUCUGAAGCUGCCACCGGCCCGUCUGACGACGCUACCUCUGAAGCUGCCACCGGCCCGUCUGACGACGCUACCUCUGAAGCUGCCACCGGCCCGUCUGACGACGCUACCUCUGAAGCUGCCACCGGCCCGUCUGACGACGCUACCUCUGAAGCUGCCACCGGCCCGUCUGACGACGCUACCUCUGAAGCUGCCACCGGCCCGUCUGACGACGCUACCUCUGAAGCUGCCACCGGCCCGUCUGACGACGCUACCUCUGAAGCUGCCACCGGCCCGUCUGACGACGCUACCUCUGAAGCUGCCACCGGCCCGUCUGACGACGCUACCUCUGAAGCUGCCACCGGCCCGUCUGACGACGCUACCUCUGAAGCUGCCACCGGCCCGUCUGACGACGCUACCUCUGAAGCUGCCACCGGCCCGUCUGACGACGCUACCUCUGAAGCUGCCACCGGCCCGUCUGACGACGCUACCUCUGAAGCUGCCACCGGCCCGUCUGACGACGCUACCUCUGAAGCUGCCACCGGCCCGUCUGACGACGCUACCUCUGAAGCUGCCACCGGCCCGUCUGACGACGCUACCUCUGAAGCUGCCACCGGC